ACGCCCGCCGGCCACCAACCGCCGCGUCCGCCGUCGCGAGGCCGCGAAACCGCCAUAAACAGCCACCCACCGAGAGGCCACCCAUCCUCCAUCGUAUUACAUUCCCCCUCGGCCCUCUCCCUUCGUUCCUUGCCCGGUCAGGUCUCCCUUCCGUUCCCUUCUUCCUCCUUCUCGCCUACUAGUCUCCCCAUCCCACGCGGAUCCCCGCCGCGCGCCGCCCCGUCGCCAUCGCCGGCCCCGCGCGGCGAUUUCCCGUUCCGUGGGGUGCUGGGGCACGCCACUGGCCCCAAAUUUCCAACCCGCCUUGAUAGAUAGCUAGCGCCAAAGCGGAGGAAACCAACCUCGGCCCUCUCGCCCCGUAUAAACAAACAAAAUCGACGCCGCGGCACGGUCCUCCUCGUAGCCUGACGUUCCUGGACUGGUGCCGGGAGUGUUGCUCGGGCUUGUUGUGCACUUGUGCAAGCCCGACACCUCGCCAUCCCGCUUCGCCUUGACCGCCGCUGCGAGGGAGGAGGAGGAGGAGGAGGAAGGGGCAUGAGGGACGACGGGCCUGCGGCCGCGCUGGUGCCGCGGCUGGUGGUGUCCAGCGGCAGCCGCGUCGAGGAGCUCGAGAGGUUCUCCCAUUACGUCGCUAGGCAAAUUGGCUUUGACCAUGCGAAUGAGUGCCACCACCUGUGUACACUAGCUUACGAUUAUCUGAGGAAGAACAAGGGUUAUGAAGAAAAUAUAUUUGCAUUCUUCCAGAAUACCCCGGAUCCUGAAUCCCUGGUUGUAAAGUUCAUCGAGGAGCUCGACAAAUGUAUACUUGGUUACUUCUCCUUCCAUUGGAAAUGUUCAACUUACAUGAUUACCCAGGUUCUAACUGUAGAAGGUGCCCCCAAAAGAAAGCUCAGGAACAUGGUACUGGAGGCCACUAGGAAUCAGAGAUUUGAGAGGGUCACAAGAAACUUAAAGGUUACCAGGCUAUUUUCCACACUGGUAGAGGAGCUGAAGGCCAUAGGGCUAUCUUCCCAUGAUCAGGCACAAUGCAGUGAUGUGAUGGUCCCAGCAGCACAUUGUGAUCGCAGCCCAGUCCUACUCCUGAUGGGUGGUGGGAUGGGAGCUGGCAAGAGCACUGUACUUCAAGAUAUACUCAAGGAAGCAUUUUGGUCUGGAGCAGCAGCAAAUGCAGUGGUGGUGGAGGCAGAUGCAUUCAAGGAAACCGAUGUUAUCUAUCGAGCCAUCAGCUCAAGAGGCCACCACAAUGACAUGUUGCAGACGGCAGAGCUGGUGCACCAGUCAUCGAUGGAUGCGGCCUCAUCACUCCUUGUGACAGCCCUCAACGAAGGGAGGGAUGUGAUCAUGGAUGGCACGCUAUCGUGGGAGCCAUUCUUCCAGCAGACGGUGGCCAUGGCAAGGGCCGUACACCGACAGCGGUACCGCAUGGGCGUGGGCUACAAGGUUACUGAAGACGGGACAAUCACCGAGGAUUACUGGGAGCCGGUUGAGGACUCCAGUACUGAUGAAGAUAGCUCGCCAAGAAGAAGGAAGCCUUACCGCAUCGAGCUCGUCGGUGUAGUCUGUGAUGCCUAUCUUGCAGUUGUGAGAGGAAUCAGGAGAGCCGUGAUCACAGGGAGAGCAGUGAGGGUGAAGUCCCAGCUGCAGUCCCACAAGCGAUUCGCCAUGGCGUUCCACGGAUACUGCGGCCUCGUCGACAAUGCGAGGCUUUACAGCACCAACUCCAUGGGUGCUCCAAAGUUGAUUGGGUGGAAGGACGGCGAUAGCAACCUCCUGGUGGACCCCGAGGAAAUCGGUUGCCUGGAUAGGGUGGGCGGCCUGAACGACGAGGCCAACAGCGUCGACGAGCUCUACCCCGGCGGCGCGCCGUCACCGUCGGCGUGGCAGGACCUCGUCGCGUCGCCGUCCAGGGCGUCCUCGCAGCGGGAGCUCAAGGCCGCCGUGCAGACCAGCGAGGCGCGCUUCCGGGCUGUGUAACCGGCCGUGCGUGGGUGUAAACUUUUGACACGAUGUCAGGGCUGAGGGAUGCUGGAUUGACGUGGCCGCGAAAAGGCCAUGCUUUCCUUGACCUCGUCUCGAAAUCUUUUUCAAUCACUGUGUUAUAGUACUAGUAGUACUAGUGGGUAGUGAUAUAUGAACUGAUCACGUUUUACGGCCAGCGUCGGUGCAAAAUUUUGUGCAACGACAGCGAAGGUGCGCUUUGAAUCUUUGAUGAAGCAUCUGUUCAAGCUUGAGUUGAAUCAAAAGCCAAUGAAGGGAUCUCAUUUGUGAUUUCUGUUCCCGUUAAAAAAAAAUUGUUACCUUCUGGUGUACUAGUA